AUGGAUGAGAACAAUGGCAACACAGCCCUCAUAGCUCCACUGACCAAGAUCUUCGAGAGCUACCGAGACGCGAAUGACGAGAAGGACCAAUUCGGCAUCGAAGGCGCAAUGAGAUACUUCCAAGACCUCGGCGUCGGACUUGACGAGAUCGUUGUUCUCGGCGUCGCAGAACUAUGCCAGUGUCCCACAAUGGGCGAGUUCACCAAAGAAGGAUUCCUGAACGGCUGGAAGCUCGUUGGCUGCUCUUCCCUUACCGACAUGAAAAAGCACGUCAAGUCCCUCCGCAAAGAUAUCCCCCAGAACCCCUACGUUUUCCGCCACGUCUACCGACACGCCUUCAUAAUCUCCCGACUUCAGGGCCAACGAAGCGUACAAAUGGAAAUCGCCGUUGAGCAAUGGAGACUAUUCUUUGACGAGUCAUCGGGCGGUAUAAAGACAAAUACGGAGACGACGCCGUGGCUGGAUUGGUGGUUGCAGUUUAUGGAGCAGCGGGGGGCCAAGGUCGUUAACAAAGAUUUGUGGGAGCAGCUAGAGGUGUUUUUGCGGAAAGCGAUUGAGGAUGAGAAUCUUGAUUUCUGGAAUGAGGAGGCGGCUUGGCCGGGAGUAAUUGAUGAAUUCGUGGAAUUCGUUAGGGAGAAGAGAGGAGGCAGUCUUAAAGUGCUGUGA